AUGCAAACACCUGGUACGAGUGAGAAUACACAGCUUCAACUUCAGCUAUCAACUAGGGAGGGUGUGGAUCUUGUACUCGAAGCCAACGAUGACUGGAAGAUUCAAGAAAUUGGUUUCGACGGUGUAGAGAGAUAUUUGAAACCAGAAACGUUCACCGAUCAUGUUGGAAGGCUAGCAAGAAAAGUGGAAUGGACAAAGCUUGUCGGAAGUCAGUCGGCGUACGAAAACUCAAAAGUAGACCCGGAGGAUGAGUUAGACGAUGAAAACGUGGCUAAAGGAAACCAGAACGUGGAAUUGGUCACCCCUGAAGCCGGGCCAUGGAGUGUAGUCGCCAAGCAAUUACAGUAAGAAUUCAGUACUAAGAGUUUAUCUUAACCGUCAUUUCAGUGAAUCACUCAAUCAACUCAACAUACUCCUAGACGAUCUUUCAGUUAUCAAAACUACUGACUAUAUGAAAGCGUUGACAGUUCUUGAUCCGAUCACUGUCUCCGAACCAAGUCCAGAAUUUAUCAACACAAAUCGUGGAACACAAUGGAUCUGGAAGCGGCGGGCUCUUCAAGAAGCCGUCCAUGUUCUCGACACCGCCACAAAACAAAGGCAACGAGCCACAUCCAACCUGGGUUUGUCGGCAGAUUACAUUGCUUAUUUGCAGAGGACACAAUUUUUCGAGUGAGUAUUUUCCACUUUUAGAAAUAAUAUUUGAUGUUUACUAGCCAGAGAUGUAGAAAUACCAGAAUUAAUUUAGCAUGCCAAUGAUUUAUUUUCGCCUAAUUAUUUGGGUCCCACGUAAUUCAUUUCUGAAGUAUGUGUUUGUGUGUUUGUUUGUUCCUCAAACUCUCUUUACGAAGAGAAAUAGAACGUUUAUUUUCACGCUUUAUUUUGUCUGAUUUUGAUGUCAGCGUUUUCGUCGAUGGAAAAAUUUAUUCAAGCCUUUCAUAGCUUAAUAGUGGUGUUUCCAGAGAACUGAAAGAAAUGCGCGAAAUUUGGCGAGUGCGCAAAUCUGGAGACUACAUCUACGGAGAUCUUUCUUAUCACAUCUGUAAAUAUUUUCUUGCUUUUUCUUCAAAUUAAUUAUAUAAUUUUUAGUUGGCUGGAAGUACGAUACGUCAAACAUCUUCGACAUUUCCAGAAGGGUUCUCACGAAUAAGAUGGCCAAUACGAAACAACCAAUAAUCGAAGUAUACAUAAAAUAUUUUUGUACCGAAAAUUUAUGAUGAUUCAAUUUUCCAGGUUUCUGUACCAAAAGAUUUGGCUCGAAGAAGCAUGCUGACUGUGACUAUUGUGAAAGAUGAUGUGGAAUCGGGCAAUCUUUUCCGCGACCCUAAAGAAAACAAAUAUUGCUAUUCGUACAAGGAUGUUGAUUCAGAAAAAGUAAAAGCUCUUCACUGGAAAAACUCCUUGAAAUGGGCUCAAAACACAUUGCUUUUACGAGACAUCUUCGGAACUCUUUGCAAAGAUGCGAUAAAGAUGCGAAAUAGGCUGUCUGUGAUCAGAGACAAUGUACUUCUGAUUAGUCUGUUUGAUGAUUACCUCCUUCGUUUCGAAUUGCAAUGGUUUCCUUUUGAAAUUGGAGAGAUCAAAGAAGAAGGCGAUAUUUAUUUGAAUCGAGUCUUGAGAGAGAUGAUCAUCGGCUUCGAGUGCACAAAAUUCAUUCGUCCUCAAUUCUUCUGCUCCAUGCCGGUGACUCAUUUGCCUGAGACACUGGAUCUCCGAGGAUGCGGUGCUUAUUCGACUCAACAAAUUGAAGAUCGCUCAAUCAAACCUAAAUCGAUUCUGGAGCGCAUGCUUGACGUGGCAUCUCAUCAUCAGCUAGUGCAAGUGGUCACAUGUGCCGCCGAAAAAAUCAGUCAAAGUAUCGAUCCGAUGGUUCAAUAUAGGUGGUUGAAUUGCGGUCGAACGUUUUCUAGGCUGCUUUUCCACAUGACGUCAAAAGAGUAUGAGGGCUAUGGAUCGUAAGUUACGUAUUAUUUCAAAAAUUCACCCCUUGAUAAGCUGCAGCGUUCGGAGUGUAUUCUUUGCGAAUAUUUCGUCACACGAUGUGGAAGUGGAAACGAAAGACGGAUUGGUUAUGAAGUGCCAGAGGGAUCCUGGCAGGAUCUUGUACGCGUUCCAAUAUACCGUAAGUUGAGCAUAUAAUAUUUUCCUGGCUUCCAUCGACCUGAUCAACUGUAUGAAAAUCUGUUGAAAAAUUAAUGUGCCAAAACGCUUCUCCUCCUUUUUGCUUUUUUCUUGCUGUUCACGUGACUCUAGAAAUAUUGACUUUUCCCAUGCGUCUCUUAAACCGGAAUUUAUUAUUUUUAACGGAAACCUUUCAAAAUUGUAAAAUAAUCGGGCAAAUUUUACAGAAAAGUAUUGAGAUAAGAACACCCUAGCAAUUAAAUCUAUUUGUUCGUAUUUUGGGCAGAAAAUCGUCCGAUAGUUCGCAAUACGACAAUUCUGUUCUUUUCAUACAAAUUCAUUUUUGACAAUACAUAAGAGGUUGUUUUAUCAGUAGGAUGUAUGGUAAAAUAGUUUAUUGAUACGCAAGCAUCAAUACGGAAGAUCGAGAUCAGUACAAUGAGAGGAAAUGGUAAACACUGGGAGUGGUACAGAAUUGUGUUAAAAACCUUUCUGAUUUGCUUUUUUGGAGCCGUUUUCACGCCGGUUUUAGCGCCAUUUUGACGCCGACACCGCCGAUUUGACGCCUUUUUGCAGGGAAACCGGCAGUGUUGAGCGGAAUUCCGUUUGCUGUCUUCCGUUUCCCGUCUUCCGUGAUUUUUUUGUUCCGUCUUCCGUCUUCCGGGAUUUUUUCUUCUUGCCGUAAAAGAGUAAUAGCCUUUCAGAAGCCAUUUACUAUUCCUCUGGCAUUUCGUUAUUAAUCUAAUCGUAGUGUACUCGAGCUCUACGGCGGCCUAAUAAGAUUGAUAUGACACCUAAUUAGAUUAAUAAAUUGUCUAGCUAGAUUAAUAAAUCUUCUAGAUAGAUUAAUAAGUGCUCAAAUCAAGUUUCACGCCAACCGUCUGCUGGCUCAAAUCUCGAUUGCGCCAAGAAAAAACAGUCGAAUCUAAUUAGGUCGCGUUUAGAUCAGUAACUUUCUAAUUAGAUUAAUAUCGAAUUGCCAGAGUAGCCCCGAAGAACGCGAAUUUCCACGCACAGUGAACCAGAUCAUGAAAUUUUUUGUUGUUUAGUUAUUUUUUCAAAAAAAAAACCGGAGAAAAAGGUUCUGCAUUGACGAUUUUUUUGUUCCGUCUUCCGUAAAAAAAAAAUGUUCUUCCGGAAUUUCAAAAUUCCAUUUCCACUCAACUCUGGAAACCGGGGUAGAAAAUCGAUUUUUGUUUAUAAAAAUACCAUUGUACUCACCUUCAUCAUGCGUGCUUAUGUCUAGUAGAGUUGAGCGGAAAUGGAAUUUCGAAAUCCGGAAGACGGCAGACGGAAGACGGAACAAAAAAUCCACGGAAGACGGAAGACGGCAGACGGAAUUCCGCUCAACUCUGAUGUAGGUUGAUAGGUAGACUCUACCUAUCAAUAAACUGUGUCAAAGUAUUCACCUUACUUAUGCAAUUAAGAAAACGCAACUGGCUCACUAAUUCCUUGAAGGAAAGAACUCCUGUACUUUAGGCAGAAUUCACGUAAUGUAAUUGGUUACAAUAUUUUUCCGGCAUGAGACAGAAAAGUGGUUAUGAUGUCAAAAAAUGGUUUAAAAAAACGGAAAGAAAUGCAUCGCGCGCAGCGUUUUUUUCCGGCGAAUCUCGCAGCGAUUUCCUGAACGCGAAGCAUGCGGCUACUGUGAGAGACGUUUUAUGAGUAGAUUUACGAGAACGGGAGGAUUUACAAAAAAUUUUCUAAUUUUUCAGCGAAAUUGUCGCGUUUUCCCGCUAUUCUGAACCGAUUUUCACCGAAAAGCUCAAUGUUUUGAACGAUAUGACGAGGCACUCAAAACUAUUUUUAAAAAAGAAUUUAAGCGAAAUCGGUCGGAAAUAGCGGUAAACGUGGCAAUUUCGCUGAAAAAUUAGAAAAACUUUCGUAAAUCCACUCAUAAAACGUCUCUCACAGUAUUAUAGGGGCACAUCACAGAAAUGGCGCUCUAUUAAGAAACUCUUUUUGCAGUGCAAAUUGAGCGACCUCGGGGCCGAGUUUGAAAAGUUAGGCCACAUUUUCAGUGGAAAUUUCCUUCGCGGCCUAGAAAUUCGGCCAGAUUGCAAACAGCGCGCCCUUUCUGUCCGGUGCCCCUGUAAUAGCCGCAUGCAUAGCGUCAGGGAAAUCGCUGCGAGACCUGCCGGAAAAAAACGCUGCGCGCGAUGCAUUUCUUUCCGUUUUUUCCCAUUUUUUGACAUCGCUGAAUAGGGAAAAAACGGAAAACAAUCAUUUUUUCUUCCCCUGAAUAGCCCCAUUACAGAACUCAACUUGAAUGUCAAAGUAAAAAAUUUUCAAAUUUCAACCUUCUUAUAAUUUCAGGUUUGUUCCUAUUCGGUGACGAUGGUAUCCGUACUCUCAAAAAAUCCAUGGUUUACUCCGUUCCAAAUAAUGUAUGCCAACAUUUACGCACUGGACAACAAAGGAUGCCCUGCUCCUAACAUAAUUCUGUGCAAUCAGGCCGCCUCGAAGUCGAUUCUUUUCAUUUUUCACGUUGAAUCGGAGCCUGAAAUCUUUGUUCGGAAGUUUGUUGUGAAUGAAAAAUCGGCGCCACCGGAAGAGCACAGAUGGCAAAAGCUGAACUACCAGAAAUUGUAUGGUAGCUCGCUGUGCAAGAAAGUCGACUCUCUCUUAUCAUUUAUGCGAGAUGGGUAACGUAUUUUAGUGAUGAUUUUAAAAAUAAUGUAAAUAAUUUUAGUAAUUAUAAGCUUGAAAAUUGAUCUCUACUGUUUCUAAUGAAUUAUUAUUUGAUUAUCUAGUUCGUUCUGAUUUGUCUGUCUGACAAACCGUGUUUGCAGAGGUUGA